GAUCUCAUCUUCUGUUUGAUAGGGGCUGUGGCAACUCCCUUCUCCCAAAUUUAGUGGACUUAUACAUGUUAAGUUUGCUACUUUCUUUUUUUCACCCCCUCCUCUCUCUCAUUCUCCUGUCUUGUCUCUUACAAAAGGAGAGGCAGAUUUACCGCAGUGAGGGGGUCGGAUCCCUUGUUGUCUUUACUCAUUGGGUUAAAGUGUUUGAGAGAAUGGGGUCGGCUCAUGGCUGUGGCUCUGAGAGAUGCUAGAGCUACUUAAAUUAUUAAGGGGCUUUGCUGAUUGUAUUGAUUACGGGGCGCGCUGCGAUUUUGCUUCUCUUUCUUCCUUUUAUUAUAUCAGCUCCAUUAAAGUAUCGUUUUGCUGACGUCACGCAGCCACAACCCCAGCCAAGUGUCUUAUUUUAGCUAAGGAAGUUGUUGUAGCAGCUUAUUGAAUCUGUUGUUAUUGCUACAGAGCAGCUAUAUUGCUUUGGAACACAUGGCAGGAUCUGAUAAAACAAUGGCCAUUUAAGGCUUGCCUUCAGUUCUUGUAUCUGUGUGUGCGCCUAUAUAUGAUAUUAUGUUGGAUAACGUCAUUGCUAUGUAUAACAUGACGUUGAUUUCAUACCCUAAAGUCGGUUUGGAAAAGUUGGGGAAAGUUUGCCCUGGUAAUAACUUUGUGAGCAGCUAAAAGGGUGGGGUAUAGAAAUGGGCUGUGGGUCUGUGUAGAAUGACAAUCAGCCCUUGUUUGCUGCAAAUCCACCAAUGGAGUAUUUAAAGAGGAGCCUUUAUUUUAGCAAGAAAGUGUCCUUCUGUCCCUAGCACCUAUUACCAAUAGGACUGCCAUUUAAGCGGCUAUAUUUACCUAUUGUUUACGGUUCAAUUAUUUAUUUGGAAGUCCUAAGCCGCUCAAGCUUCACCCCUUGCAUAAUCUGUAUAGAAGCUGAACUCUUUGCACUGAAAUAUGUAUUCACGGCUGCUUUGCUGCCUUCCAUCUUUUUUUUCCUCGGAAUAGGGGUUUGCCAUAACCUGUGGAAUUUGAAAUGCAAAUGAAAGCCAGUGGGAGUUCAGGCAGAACAAAUCAGCAUUUAUAAAGUGGGGUGGAAAGGGAAUAAUCCGUUUUAUUAAUUUUUUUUUUUAGUGUGAAUGUCAAUAGUGAUGAGUGAUGACGUCAGGCUCCCGCAUGUAUGGCUAUAUAAUUUUAAUGUCUGAAUGGGGGUGUAUGUCAAGUGCUUACAGGCAAACCAGAUUACAAGAUUAACAUCUGUUAACAUGGUCGUUUAUCUCCAGCCAAAAAUAGGUCAGUCCUUUCUUAAGGAAACACGAUUGCGGAUCGCUUGGUAAAAUAUUGAAAUGACAUCACGUCCAUACAAGUCACUGCCAGAUCUAUAUUGGACCCAAUAUCGAAGGAUCUUUGGGCAGUCGAGAGAUUAAAGCCGUGGGUGGCGUUGGAGCUGAAACAAGUCGUGCCAUUGGACUGGUGUUUGCCAAAGCGCAGUGAUUUGGGGAAAACAAGCAAUCCAGCUUUGGAGCCUUGCUAAUCCAUGCUUUGGAUCUGCUGAAGCUUCCGGGGUAGUGUGAAUGAAAUGGAGAAACAAAUCAUCAUGACGUCUGCUCAGACCUAAGGUAUCCGCCUUCAAUGUUUACUGGAAUAGAUCUGUGAAGGUCAUCACUUCAGGAGUUAUGCUGGAUAAUAGAUUAUCGUUGAAAACACAACUGUCCUACCAACCCCUACUGGAUUGAGUUUCGUCAUUUUCCAGUUGACCUGCCUAAUGUUAUGCUGAUUAUGGAACGUAGGAAACAAUUUGACAUGGAGCUGCGCGAGUCCUCUGCAAAGCCAGACAAAAAUGAUACAGAAGAAGACAAAGGACCAGGUUUCAGCUGUGUCAUCUGUGGUAAAAGCUUUCCUUUCCAGAGCUCCCUUUCACAGCACAUGCGAAAGCACACCGGUGAAAAGCCAUACAAAUGUCCUUACUGUGAUCACCGGGCUGCUCAGAAAGGUAACUUGAAAAUACACCUAAGAACCCAUAGAAGUGGCACAAUUAAUCAUGUAACUGAUGUGGAAAUGGGAGAUUCACAUGUUGGAGAACUGGGUGCUUCUGAGGGCAUGGGAGGAUGCGCAAGCCCUACUAAAAGCACAUCAGCUUGCAACAAAAUACUUAAUGGCACCUUACAAACAGAAGAGGCUGAAGUAAUGGAUGAGGAUAAACUUGGCAAUUUCCAGUGCCCAUUCUGCAAAAACAAAUAUGACCGGAAGAAGGAACUUGAUCAACAUCUUUUACAAGUUCACAAACCCUAUAAAUGUAGAUUCUGUAGCUACAUGACCUUAAGAGAGGAGACUCUGUUAAACCAUAUAGAAAAAGACCAUAUCACUACAGCAGUACCAUUGAACAGAGAUGGGCUGGCAGAGAAUGGCAAGGUGGAAAUCAAUUCAGGGGAGUUCCCUUGUGAAGUUUGUGGUCAAGCUUUUGGCCAAGCCUGGUUCCUUAAAGCCCAUAUGAAGAAGCACAGAGGAUCAUUUGAUCAUGGCUGCCAUAUAUGUGGCAGAAGAUUUAAAGAGUCAUGGUUUCUCAAGAACCAUAUGAAGUCUCAUGCUCCAAAAACUGGGAACAAAAACAAACCUAAAUCUGAUUCUGAGCCAGUAGCCACCAUUAAUGAUGUUGUUCAGGAAGAGACCAUUAUGACUGGCUUAAACCUUUAUGAAGUUUGCAUAAAAUGUGGUAAUUUCUUUACAAAUACUGAAAGCCUAAAUGCACACAACUUGGUGCACUGUAAAACUGAAGAAAGCUCUCUUGAAAACUCAGUAGAGCAAAACAGAGAAAACAUUACUGAUGACUCCCCAAGCGCAAUGGUGGCUAAGCAGUUUUUCCUAGACUAUCUUCAUUUAAAACCUUUAAAAGAGGCUAAUACGCCGUCUGAUACACAACAAGGAAAAAGAGUUCCGGAGCUGGACCCAGUCAACAGCUACCAAGCAUGGCAAUUGACUACAAAAGGAAAAGUUGCAGAGCCUUCUGAAUAUGUUAAAUAUCUGGGAUGGGAUGAAACCAUGGCAGAUGCUGAUGUAACUUAUGAUAAUGAAAAAGAAGAAUACAUCCUUGUUAAUCAGGAGAAGCGAAAGCGAGAGCCAGACAGUCAAAGUACCAGCAACUCAAAGAAACGCAACUCCUCAAGUGUUAGCCGAUCUGAGAAAAGUAGCAAUACACAAUCCGGAGAAAAUGCAGAUGGUUCCAAUGAAUUGGAGUUCAGGCCUCCUUCCCGUCAGAGCCGACGUUCCUCUCAAAAUAAAUCCACUGAAUGCUUUGAAUGUGGAAAAGUGUUCCGCACUUACCAUCAAAUGGUGCUUCAUUCCAGGGUGCAUAGAAAAGACCGCAGGAGCCUCAGUGAAAGCGGCUCGGUUUCUCACAAUGAUCGAUAUGGGUCAAACAGUGACAUUGACUCUGCCAGCAGGCCCAGUAGUCCGGACUCUGCAUCUGCCCCAGAAGAUUCUCUUGCCUCUGGAGAGAGGCAUGCAGCUGAUGACGACAGUUUUGAAGAAGGUCCAACUCCUUUACCAGGCGUUAAGCCAUACCAUCAUUCAUUUUCUGAGGCUAUUCCCAUGAAGAUGUCAAUAGGAAAUCAUCAGCAAAACUUCAGCUCCGAUGAAACCAGCAAAUAUGAAGGGAGUAAAUGUAAUCCAGAGGUGCAGACCCCUCCAGCCUUCAUGUCUAAUAAGCAUACUGAUUUUCCUUUUAUCCCUGAUUUGAAAAUACCAGCAUUCAAGUACAACCAAGAUCCCAGUGCUUCUGGAAAGCAUACCCCAAAUAGUAGUUCAUCAUUUUCUGUGGCACAUAGUUCAGAAGUAAUUGUGGAUGCGAAAAAGCUGUUAUCAGCAGAGAAAGGUCACCCAAAUGGAAUUGCACUUGAUAUUCUGAAAGAACACAGUGGCUUGGAGAAAACAAGUGGUGGAAAACAGAACCUUCCAUUGGAUCUUAGUGAAAAAUCCACCAGACACGAACUUUGUAGUAAAAGUGCUAUUUCUGCUUUGCAAGCAGCCUUGGUUGUUCAUCAGUGUCCAUAUUGCAGUCACAAUACAUACUAUCCUGAGGUGUUGUGGAUGCACAAAAGAAUUUGGCAUAAAGUUAGUUGUAACUCAAUGGCUCCUCAAUGGAUUCAGCAAAAUGGUUUAAAAAAUUUGAAAAAUAAUUUGCUUUUCCUAACUAGGAAUGGGCGUACUGGUCCACCUCCAGCACUUGGUGGUAAAGAAUGCCAGCCUUUACCAAUAGCUAGGUUUUCACACACUCAGAUGCCAAUUCGGCCUGCAGCAUCCAAAGGAAACCCUUCCAAUUUAGGCAGUGUUUCCAAGGCAACAUGUGUUUCUCAGGUUCGUGACAGCUCUCAUGGAUUCAGUGGGCCGAAAACUGCAAACUUUGAAGUCCAGAAGCACCAAAAGGUAGGGGACCAAUAUAGUGCAGCAGUACAGCAGCCACUGUUAAAAUCGAAAUAUGAAACCAGUCCUAAAUUGAUGCAAGCUGCAAGUUUCAGUAGAAACCUUACAACUGCUCAAGCAUCGGUAUCCAGGCAAAUACUUCAGCCUUCUAGUAGCAAACAAGUAGAAAAAUAUGGGAUGGCUCAAGGUGGACCUAGUACUUUUGCAUCUCCAAAUAAACUAUCUGUAUCUGACACAAUUAAAACCAAAUUUCCUCUUCAGCAGCCACAGUACCCAUUUCACAAAGUGGAGCCACAAGUUAAACAGGAGAGUCCUUUAGUGCCUCAACGGGAAUCUCAGGGCAAGAUUGUCAAUGAACUAGGAACAGUGUCCAACUGUAGCACGGGCACAAAGACAAGCCCUUUGUUUCAUACACAACCAAGUACAGCAGCUGAUCCCCAAUCUUUUCAAUCAGUCAAGCAAGAACCAGUAUUUGAAGGCCAUGAAAAACGACUAGACAUUUUAAAUAUCUUUAAGACCUACAUUCCAAAGGAUCUUGCUACUCUCUACCAAAGCUGGGGCGCCAACGCUAAUACUUUGGAUGAUGCAGGAAUGCUUAGGACACAAGCACGACAAGGCGACUAUGUUUGCAGUGAAUGCGGAAAAUGUUUCAGCCAACCAAGCCACUUAAGAACCCAUAUGAGGUCCCAUACAGGGGAGAGACCAUUCCAGUGCAGAUAUUGUCCAUACAGUGCCUCUCAAAAAGGGAACCUAAAAACACACGUACAGUGUGUACAUCGGGUACCAUUUGACAAUAGCGAGUACCCGGACAAACAACUCCUUCAACCUCAAAGUGAUGAUAACAGUUACAUGGACCAUCAGCUGGAAAAUUUGCCUUCAAAUCACCAGGUCCCUGGAGCUGUGGCGUUAAAGUGACGAAGGAGAAAUAAAAUUCACAAUCAACUUCCCCCUCAGCAGUGGUCGAUCUUAACCUUUUUAACGUUUUCUUAUUGGACAAGAUGUGAGUGGAAAUGCAUCUGGUCUUCCCCAAUGGUUCGGUGGUUGCCAGAUAAUGAACUAUGGCAAAAGACGGUCAAUAGUGAAGCAGAUACUUAUAUCACACACAACAACACACACACUGAAGCAUAAUAAAUGUUAAAAGCUUACAAGUGAAAGCACUGGUAUUGAAUCUACGCUAUGAACUGUAGCAGUAGAAAGUAGACUAAGGAAACCUACGGAUCUCUCUGGAUGAAUCUGCCACUGAUUGCCUAAAGUCAGACUGCUCAGUGACGUUACAUAGUAAUAUGGAUUGGUCAGCUCUUGGGACCGCUCCAUGCUUGAAACGGUCUCUUUAAUGAUCAAAUGAUGCUUCACACAUUGCUGCGGGGAGAGAUAAAAUCAAUGAAACUGCUUACAUUAUGCUACAGGAACACUAAAAAAAAAACAAAAAAAAUCUAAAAAUGCUUCUCCUUUUUACUCUCAGGACCUUUUUUGUAAUAGGGCUACUUUCUUAAACCUGCUUACAGAAAUUAUGCAAUUUUGUUUUCCUUUGUAAUAACCUAACCACACAUCAGCUGCCGGUUUGACGUACUGUACCAGACGCAAAGUAGUUGCUGUGCAUGACGGAGCAGGUACCCCUGAAUCUUCCUGCCCUGCUACAGAACCACCCUUCUCAAUGCCGGUACCUUGAGAGAGGUCUUAAUAUUUUUAUUUUCCACGUUAUGGCAUGGUUACAGAAUUUCUGAACUACUUCAUCUCUUAUAUUUUGGUGGCAUUCAGGUUGUGGGAGAGAGGGGGGAAAAAGAUUUUUAAAAAUCUAUAUAUAUAUAUAUAAAUCUAUAUAUAUUAUAAAAUUAAAUAUAUACCUCUUCUGCAGGAUAUUUUUAUGCUAAGGUGGUGGUGAGUAAUAAAAUGAGAAAUCAAGCAGUGUACUCACAGUGUACUCCAUUAUAACCCCAUACACUGUAGCGGGUAGGCUUGACCUGCGCUGCACAGACAGGGGGGAUACACAUGUAUUCCAUAGAUAUAAAUAUUUCUUUAUUGCGGUGACACUGUGUGGAACAGCAAUGCCUCUGAGAGUCUCAGAUUUUGCACAUAUGAUUUUAUGCAUUAUCAACCCAAGUUACUGCUGCCUUGAAAGAAAAAAUGUUCUGUGAAAAAAAAAAUUGCAAAAAAGCUUUACUAGUGUUUUUUUUUAAUUGUAACCUUUUGUAAAGGCAGGAAAUGAUUAUAUAAAUCCUAGCAUGCUAAAUAUAUUUUUAAAAACAAAAAAAGCAAUAAUUUUACAUGUACAGAUAUGAAUCUAACCUUUAAUACUGGUGAGAGCGACAGUUUACUUUGUAUUAUACAAAAAAAAUCUGCUUGGGUUUUGUAUUAUACGGGCUUCUGAUACAGACUUGUUUAAAAGAAGAUGGGGGUGGGGGAUUUUGUUUUUAACAUUUUUUAUUUUUAACUUAGUUAUUAAUAUUUUUUUUUUUUUUUUUUGGAUCCUACUAUUAAAUUUAGAUUUUAUUAAUUAUACCAGAGACUAAGCUUAGUACUUUCAUCUAUAUAAAGCAUUUUAUGUUAGGCAUUAAGAUUCAUGGUGCUGGCCUGGAAACUAGGAUGCUUGCCGGGGAUCUUGGAACAGCUUUUGGAAAUCUUUUCUGGGUUUAUGAUAGAAAAAUGAUUUAUCGUCUUUGAGUUAUACCCACAUAUAAAGUAAAUAUAUCUGUGUGGCCUUCCAUUAUUUUUAAAGGAAAAGCAACCAGGCUUAAAUAAAUUCUAACAAGAAAACAGAAGAGCCAAAUUCUAGUUCAUACACCGCAGCCAUAUGACUUUUUUUUAGGAGUAACUGCUGGAGGAGCACAAUCUGGACAAGCCAAAUAUAAGCAAUUGCAAAUCUCUUUUCAACAUGGAGCUUAGAGGAUCUACUUAAUUUUAAACUAAUCAUUUUCAUUGUUCAUUGCCAUACUAUAGAUUGAAGUACAAGGGACAAAUUAAGAUUCUAUGUCCUUAGCCACUUCUAGUAUCACAAAUAACCAUCUCUCAUGCACUUGAGCAUUAGCUCCAAAAACCUAAAUGGCUGGCCAGACGAUUUCUGCAUUCUUCAGGUUUUAGGUAUACAUCAUCUGCAGCACUGGAUGAAGAUAAAGACUAUCUUUAUUUUGAGAAGAAUUUUACUCUUAAAUGUUUCAUUUUAAAUAUUGAAGCUGUACAGCCUGCUGAUAAUGAGCAAAUCCCAGCCCUACCCCAAGGAGAUUCUGAGAGAUUCUGUAUGGCAACAGCUAAAGGCCGGACACCCUCUGAUAUAUUUAUAAAUUAAAGUAUUUUGAGAUGAAGAAUAUUUUGUAAUAGCCACCAUAUUGUCCUUUUGUUUUUUUUGUUGUUUUUUUAAAAAAUGAUCGCAGUGAAAACAAGCACAGCAGCUCAGUGGUCUACUGAAACCUGUUUCAGACCCUUCCAGACAUUGCUUCACCACAUUUUAUUAAAGCCGAGAAUACAACCAUCAUGAAUGGUCUCCUAAUUUUAUUUGGCAUAGUCUUUGAAAACAUCUGACAAAUGACAGGAAGCAAGGCUGUCAGUGAGGGUACGUGGGUAUUAAUCAGAGAAAUUCACAAUGCGGAUGCCUCUUUAUAGAGAACAACGGUAGGGGGAAAUUAUUGCAGAUAAUUAUAUGCUGUAUACAGUUCAAAAAUGAGAUAUUCACUUAAUUGAACAAGCAUAAAAAGUAAAUCUCCAUGGAUCCUAACAUUUUUUUUCUAUCACCCAUUUUUUUUUUUAGUGUGUAGCUCUAUGUUCCUUUGAUAUUUUUUAUCAUCAGUAUUGUGUUGAUUUGUUAAUGUAGAAAUCAGCUAGGCUAGUAUUUAAAAUGAUUUUUGUUUGUUAUUUAUUUAGUCGACCUGUUUUUGAUCAGCUUUUAAAUAAAUGACUUUUAGCCUGACACACUCCUGUUAACCAUCUAUGGACUGUUACAUCAUUUUUUCCUACUACCUCUACCAAUCUACUGUUUCUCACUCUUUAACAGGUUAUUUUUUACAGCGUGCUAAUGUAAUUUACACAAUAAAGGGUUUGAUUGUUUACA